GCGUGCCACAUGCGGCGCAACUAUCGCCAAUGUAUGUAGCUUGUCUACAAAUGAUACCUCUGCUUUGUUUGUAAAUAUUGGAGGAUGAAGAAAGCACAUGUCAAGCGCGCGAAGCAUGGAGAUGUGGGGAAAGGUAAACAUAAUCGCAAGGUUAAAUCGAGAGAACUUGCCAAUACAGACGAUUCAAGUGACGUCAUCGUCUCGAAACUGAAAUUAGAAGAUACUUCUUCUGACAAAGGUAGUAACACCUCAGAAGAUGAAUGUUCCGAAACUUACUUGUCAGAAGCACCCUUUCCGGUUGGUAUGUGGGAUAUGGAACAUUGUGAUCCCAGAAAAUGCAGUGGAAGAAAACUGUCUCGCCAUGGAUUGAUCCAGACUCUACGCCUGGGACAGAGAUUUAAUGGCAUUGUUCUCACUCCUGUAGCAGAAAAGUCUGUUGCUCCUGAUGAUCGACAUAUUGUUGCUGAAAAUGGUGUGGCUGUCGUUGACUGUUCCUGGGCAAGACUGGAAGAGACCCCUUUUUCUCGGAUGAGAAGUGCCAAUCCUAGGCUCCUGCCCUUUUUAGUUGCAGCAAACCCAAUUAACUAUGGCAGACCAUGGCAGCUCUCCUGUGUGGAAGCCCUGGCAGCAACAUUUUUUAUCACAGGUUAUAAGGAUGUAGCAUUAUUAUACCUGAGUAAAUUUAAGUGGGGUAAGCAUUUCCUUGAAUUAAACAGUGAAUUGCUAGAAGCAUAUGCAUCUUGCAAGUCCAGUGCAGAGGUAGUUGCAGUACAAAAUAAACAUCUUCAAGAAGUUGAGGAAGAAAGACAGCAAAGACAAAGGAUAUCUGAUUAUCCACCAUCCACCAGCAGUGAAGAUAGUGAUGUGGAAAGCAAAUGAACUGAGUUGUGAUGGUAUUGACACACAUGCUUGUGGGUUUACAAAGUUUGUUGUAGUAAAUAAAUGUGCAUAUAUAAAUAAUUUUCGAUUAAAAUAUUUUAUUUUAUUAUCUUUUCCUAAA